ACACUGGACCCUCGCUAAUCUAGUGGGCUAGUCAGCUGAAGCAGCAGACACAACUUUAGGGUUGUGUUUAUUUACGCGAGCUGUACGGUCUCCAGAGCAAAGUUACACUCCAGAAUUCAGCACCGGAGCUGUCCAGCCUCCGAGCCCUCAGCUCGCGCCUCAAAACAACGCUGUUUGCUCGGCUGCGGAAUAUUUGUUUGACGGGGUAACACUCUGUACUGUACACUGACCGCCGCGAUUACACACGCAUAACCUUCACUGACGAAAGCAAACCUUGAAAUGACUGCUGGCAGCGCGUGAGAGGAGCAGAAGAAAUCGAGUCCCAAGUAUCGGAGCACCAUCCCAUUUCCUUCAGCCAUGGGUGUGCUGAUGUCCAAGAAGCAGCAGGUGGAGAAGGUGCAGAAGUGCAGCGUGGUGGUGUCAGCAUUUAAAGAUGGUCUGAAGGACCGGGCGGCCCCAGCGGCUGCGUCCCCGACUGAAGAGGUCAUAGCUGAGAAUGGGGACGGAUCAGCUGAUGGAUCCCACCAGGCAAACAAGGAGCAUACUGAACAGAAAGACAAGGACAGCAAACCAGGGUCAUUACCAAAUCAGCAGGCCUCAGCUCCGCCCAGAGAGGAUCAUAAGGCCAAUCAGGAGGCUUGGGGCCGGCUCCGUGAUGGGAAGGGGGUGGAGCCUGAGGAUCUAAAGAAGGCACAUCAACUCAUUCCUCCUGCAUUCAUGCGGCCAAAGAGAGAGGUCAAUGACGACCAACCGGUAGAUGUGCCACUUGGGCAAAGAGAGCAGCCCGUAAAUGAUGAGAUGUGCGAGGUGUGUGAGGUUUGGACGGCAGACGAUCUGUUCCCCUGCCGGACGUGCACGCGGGUUUUCCAUGACGGCUGUCUGCGGGAGAUGGGUUACCUGAGCACUGAAGCCCUGCAGGAAAUGAGAGAGACGGCCCACACCACCACCGGCUGGAGCUGCUAUUACUGCGAUAACGUGAACCUGCUGCUUACUGAAGAAGAGAUGUACAGUCUGAUGGAAACCUUCAAGCAGUGCAAGAUCAUCCCAGAGUCGUGCCUGGUGUCAGAUGAACUCCUGCAGUACAGGCACUUUGUGACCAAGCAGCUCUUUGAGAGAGACUUGACCGAUGAGGAGGAAGAGGAGGUUCUGGCCCAGUUUGCAGCUCUGGAUCCAGACAAGAAGGGUCAGAUUGAGUGGUUUGACUUCUUCUACCACGAGUCACUUUCAGUGCUGCAGAAGUUCCGGAGCGAGAAUUCGCUGGUGAGAAUCCUCACAGCGAAGGAGAGGGAUCGAGCACGGGCCAUAUUUCAGAGUAUAGACCAGGACAAAGAUGGGAUCAUUACUGCCGGAGAAGCCAGAAAAGCCCAAACCUCCUGGUUCCACAAGAUUAACAAAGAAUCACAGUCCUGCAGUGUCAGACUCAUUGGAUUGUGUUCCCCUUUGUUCAGUAUGGGUAUCAGCCAUGUUGGUCCAAUAUCUGAGAGCAGUCCUGCCAGUUCCAGCAGCGAGAGAAGCAGAGAUAAAGCCUUGGAGAAUGACAACAGACCUGUUACCUGGGAGAACUUCCUGAUGGAGAGCGCCAUCUACAUCCUGGCUGCCAGGCCCAACAGCUCAGCCAUGCACAUCCGCUUGCCACUCUAACUAUGGCCACAUAGCCUGAGACUUCCAGAGGGGCUUCCCGGGUCCGGAUUCACGAGAUAGCGGUGCUGAGGACUAAACCGAGAGUCACACGGGAGUCAAACGCAAAAGAGUACGCCACCACACGCUAAGACUGUACAAGCCAUCGACGGAUUCUUCCUCUAACGACACACUGACAAAUUCAACGCUACUGAACAAUAGCACAUCUGUCACCUCUUCUUGAGCUUUUACGAGCUUGUAUGGUUUCGGUUUUUGUGACCAAGUAACUUUUUUCGACCAGAGAACCUGCUGCACUGUCACACAUUAGCAGAAUUACAGCACCACAGUGUUUGCAUAGUGUUUUUAAUGUUAAUGUGUUGUAUCAUUUUUGAGUUGCGGCUCUAGCCAGAUGAGUUGCGAUCGAUGGAUCGAUGUGAGAGCAGUGGUUGAAUCAUUGCUGAACUAAUUUCAGUCACCACAAAAUAUGAAUAUAAUAUAGUGGGCAGCAAUGCCACGCAGAAAACAAAGUGAGAUGCUAUAAGAUUCUGUAUACAGUCUAUACAUAUAUAUAAUAUAAAAAAUAUUGUAUGUGUAUUUAUUCCCAUACCUUCAGGGAUGGAUUAUGGACCGGGCCAAGGAGCUUCCAGACUGCCAGGGACUAAAGUUGAGACAUGGGGAAAAAAAGGAAAUUUAAAAUUGUUGUUGACAGACAAACGCUACUUUUAAUUUUCAGUCACUUGACAAAGUGCAUUUGCGAGUCAGAAUUAUGAGAAGCUAUAAUUCUUUUUUUUUGUUGUUUUUACUUUUAUAUUGUAUUUCUGAGUGAAACAUGAUAUGUAAUAAGAAAAAAGAAAAAUGGGGUGGAAUUUAAUUUUACCUAUGACUGGAUUGUGAAAUAUGAUCUUCAUUUCUAAAACCUAGUGAGCUGCCAACUUCAAGGCAACUUCAACUUUCAAGGCAAUAUAGGCAUGUUUACUGACGCACAAUCUACUCUAAAAUGUACAGGCAGCAUAUAUCAGCAAAUCAAUAGUGAAAAUCUUAUUAAAAAAUAUUUUAAUUUAAUUUUAAAAACUUGAUUUUAGCCAAUAUUUGUUUAUGUAUAUUUAUGUAUAUUUAUGGAUAUUAGAGUAUUGAUUUGUUAGCUAGCAAAUGUUAAUUCCAAAUUCUAUUGAAAUGAAUUGUUUUAGGUCUUAUUAUAAUUAUGAUACUCUUUAAGAUCAUUUUCACAUACUUAUGAUUAAAUAAUAAACAAAAAAAGGUUUUAAUUAAAGAUCUAAUUAAAAUUGAUUAUUUUACCCCAUAUUUGUUUGUGUGUAUGGGGUUAUUAGAGCAGGCUUGCAUUGCUAGCAUUAGCAACAUGUUAAUUCCAAACUCGUCAAGUCAUAAUUCUGAUAUUUUUUUAAGAGACCUUAUUUUGACUAACAAUACUCUAAAAUCUAAUUUAAAUGUAUUAUUUUACCCAAUAUUUGUGUUUUCUGUGUUAUAAGUUUUUAGAGUGCGGUGUCAUUUGCUUAGCAAUUUGCUAAUUCCAAAUUCUAUAAUUAUGCUUCUAAGAUACCUCAUUUUGACUUUCAAGUAUGAAUAUUUCAAUAGUGAUAUAAUCUGAGAAAUAAUAAAAUAGUAAUAACGAUCUCUGAUCUAUUUUGCCCAAAUAUUUGUUGUAUACGUUUAAAACCUGUAAGAGUGUUGUUAGCGUAGCAUCAUGCUAAUGCCAGACUCUGAAAUCAAUUGAGUCAUGUAUAUUCUGUGGGCUUCAUUGAAUAAUCAUAGUUUCUAUAAAAAUCAAUUCAGAUUGGUCACUUUUAAGAUUUCAUGUCGGGAUUCUGUCUUAAAGCAGCUCACUAGGCUGAUAUUAAAUCUCAAUUAUGAGAAAUAAUUUUAAGUAGCAAUUGUGGAAUGUAAAGCCACAAUUACAAUAAAUAAGAUAUCAUUUUGUAUUUUCUUUUUAAAUCCCUGGGGAAAAUGUAACAAAGUGGGGCCUAGUAGGUCCAUAAUCCUUCCUUGCAUACCUUGUGUCAUGACCUGUCGUUUUAUUUUUGAUUUGAUGUUUCUUUUAACUUGCUAGUUUCAGAGUUAUUACACUUUACUGGGUCUGUAAAAAAUGUAACACCUGUAGAAGUGACAUUACUCAGUGUUUAGCUAAAACAGCUGAUGCAAACAUACAAUCUUCCAAAACACUCAUUGAAAUGCUAAUUUAAAGGCAAGAGCCCUCAAAAUGUUAAUAAUGAUGGUUAGAACUUACUGUCUAAACAGAACUAACUCAGAGAUCUUCCUUCCUUGUUUAUUCAUGUUGAAUUUGUUCUUAGAUCUGGUGCAGAUUUAAAAAAAAAACACUUUCUAAUAUCUAAAACAUUUUUUAUUUGUAGGCAUAAAUCAUGCACACUCCUGUAAAAUGGCACCUGGUUUUACACUCAUUAUAUCAAACUGUACGAGGGGUAUGAAACAUUUCCACUCUUGUUUAUAUAUGGUCAUUUCCACUGUAUUUGCUUAUAGAUUUGUGUUGAAUUGCUCAAGGCAGUUAUUUGAAGGGACUGUGCAAUACUCAGAGUUUUGCUGGUAGUGCUGGAAAUAAAUGCAUGAUGUUAACUUCAAAAAUUACACUCAA